UCUUUAAACUCUUUUUACAAUAAUUAUUUACCAAUCCGAUUAGAAUAGUUGAGAUUGGUUGGAUUUUCGGGUAUAGGCUUUUUGUUUUUUGUUUUUAUGGGUUGAGUUAAUUUGCGCUUCGUUGGUUUGGUUAAAUUGGGCUUUGUUUAUCUCUUUGGGUAUAUAUCUCAAAUUUCGUAAAUGAAAAGAACAUAAUUGAGCUGCACAUAAAUUCUUUGUGCGGGAGUUGAUUAUCCAGUUUAGUAAAUCUCCAGUCACACUUCCGAGGAGCUUGUGGGGAUGUAGAAUGGUUGUGACAUUGAAACUUAGUAAGGCGGUUCUUGUGGAGGAUGUUACUUGUCAUAUUUCUUUUCCAUCCCUCAAAAAAUGAGUCUUGAAUCCAUCAAGUACCCAGGGGGUGAUGAAUUUGUCAACAGGCUUAUAUCAAGUUGUCCAAUUCUUGAAGACUUGGUUGUGAAGCGAUGUGAAAAUGACAAUGUUACCAUUUUCAACAUUGUAGUGCCUUCUUUAAAGAGUUUAGUCUUGCAUGAAUCAUGGGACAAAUUUGUAGCCGAGGCUCAUGGUUUUCUGUUAGAUGCUCCUUCUUUGGAGUUGUUGGAAGUUUUUGAUAAUACCUGUAGGAUUCUUGUCGUUACUAGUAAUAUGCCUAAGAUUGUUGAGGCAAAGGUUGAAAUUUCUUAUGAUCAUCCUGGGAAGAUUCUGGCUUCUAUUGGUUCAGUCAAGUGCCUCUCUUUAUGUACACCAAAUCCGAAGGGAACAUGUAGUUUCUGCUAUCCGCAUUCUUGAUUUUCAUGUAGGAAUGACAAUUUGAAACUAUUCAUGUAGUCCAUUAUGAAUAGUUUGGUUCUCUUUGUGAUAAAAUCUGUUGCAAUGUGUACUUAAUGUUGUCUCGUAUGCAGGACGUUGGUGGUAUCUUCUGCUGCCUUGUACAUCUAAAGAUGUGUACAUGCGAGCCAGAAUGGUUGGAGCUACUUAUGCAUGUGCUUAAAAAGUCACCUAAAUUACGAGCUCUCAAAUUUGAAAAGGUACAUGUACAUAUCUCUCAACCCACAUUAAUUAGUAUGAUGAUUCAAUGAACUUAUACUUCUCAUGUCGUUUAUCUCAGUGCCCUGGACAGGGUGUAGUACCGUGCUCGCCCUGGAUGGAACCAAGUUCAGUUCCUGAUUGUCUUUUAUCGAGCCUUGAAACUGUGGAAUGGGUAAUGUAUAAAGGAACAGAGGAGGAGAACGAAGUGGUAGCAUUAAUCUUGAGAAGCGGAAGCUGUUUAAGGAAAGUAACUAUACACCCUAUAUCAACCAGCAACAGCAAGAAACUUAGAAUGAUCAAAGAGUUAUCGCUUUCGCCCAGGCGUUCGCCUACUUGUCAGCUUGCGUUUGACUGAAGUUACAGGUUCAUACCUGAGGGAGAAGACAUGUUCAAUAUUCGGAUAAUUUUACUCUCUUGUUGGUUACGUUGGUGAUUGGUCUGAAUUUUAGAUUAUAUGUGUUAUAUAACAAAAAUCCAGCAGCCACUCCGAGAAACUUGAGAUGAUCAAGGAGUUAUCGCUUUCCCCCACAAGUUCGCCUACUUGCCGGCUUUCGUUUGACUAAAGUUACAGGUUCAGCUCUGAGGGAGAGGAAGUGUUCAGUUUUCUAGUGGUUUGGUCUGAAUCUUAAGCACUUUAUUAUGUAUUCUUUACUAAAAAACUUUCUUAUAUUCUUCUCUAUGCGUCUUUGCAUAUGUAUGAAGAAAGAAACAUAAGGAAUUUUUUUUCUUAUCUCUUUCUUUCUUAUACUCUUCUAAUAUUAUAUCAUCAACCAUUUUUAUACAAUGAUUAUUGUUUUUGCUUUUUUACUCAUGCCCACUGGUUUUCACCCCAAUCUAGCUCGAAUUCGGUAAACAUGGCUACAGUGUAAACCAAACUAUUUUAAUUCCGUCAUCUCACAAAUUGGUACGGGAAGCUAGAAUGCGAAUGAAAUCCAUCUUAAGAAGAUAAAAAAUAAUCCUAAGUUUUAAAUAACGUAAUAGAUGUUAUAUUAUCCCAAGUACUUGUUACAGAUUCCAUUGGAAUUUUCGGUUUAGCAAAUUUUUUUUGGUUCCGGUCAACCCAAUUCCUGGUUCAUGUAUAUAUAGCCUCAUCACAUCUUAGGUAUUUUCCUAAAGCAUACGGAUGAUGCUUUAGGUAUUUGCUUAUUCUGUGAAUUUUCUCCUGAUUGUCGUUUUGUUUGAUUUUAUUUGCUUCCUUUUCUAUUUGUGAGUAGUUCUUGAGGAAAUCUUAAGUAUUAGCGAGUUUGGAUUUUGUUUGCUUCUCUUUCUAUAUACCUCGCUAGGAUUUUGCUUAUGACUAUUUGUUUGGUUCUUGAGAAUCUCUCAUAUCCUUUGUUCGUCUUUUUUUUGAUGUUUUCAGACUUUUAGAUUUCUCCGGAUGCAGAAAGCUCAUAAUUAUGGAUAGGAUAAGUCAGUUGCAUGAUGAGCUUCUUUUGGGGAUAUUGUCGUCAUUGCCUACUGCUAAAGAUGUUGCGGCCACAAUGGUUUUGUCAAAACGGUGGCGAUUUCUUUGGAUGAUGGUUCCAAGGCUUGUGUACAAUGCUUGCUAUCAGGAUAUUGAUUAUGGAAGAUUUUCGACCUUUGUAAACAGGUUUUUGUUGCUGCACAAGGCUCCACUUAUUGAUACUUUGCAUUUCAAAAUUGGUAACGCCUGUAGUAGUGGAGAUAUUCCAGCGUUGAUUAGAGCUGCCGAUGAACGUUGUGUACAUGAGCUGAUUAUCGAGGUUUUUACUCCUAAUAGUAAUAAUACUCCUGUCACACUUCCUAGGAGCUUGUUUACAUGGUGCAAAAUGCUUGUGACAUUGACACUAAGGAACGCGGUUCUUACGGAUGAUGUUACUUACCCAGUGUCUUUCCCAUCCCUCAAAAAUUUGAGUCUUAUAUCCAUGAAGUACCCAGGUGGUGAUGAAUUUUUCAACACACUUAUAUCAAGUUGUCCAAUUCUUGAAGACUUGGUUGUGAAACAAAUCCUCAAUGACAAUGUGUCCAUGGUGACCGUUAGAGUUCCUUCUCUAAAGCGCUUAGUCUUGAACCAAGAAGUAAAAAACGCUGUUAAUGGCAUAGCUAAUGGGUUUGUGAUAAACACUCCUUCUUUGGAGUGCAUGGACAUUGUUGAUCUUACGACUGGGUGUCACAUUGUUGAGAAUGAUAUGCCUAACAUUGUAAAGGCAAAAGUCGACAUUUUUCAUCCCCAAACUGAGCAACUUUUGGGUUCUAUCACUUUAAGCAAGUAUCUUCAUCUCUGCUUACCAACCUCAAUGAAUGUGUCGUAUCCUGCUGGUAAUGUCUUCAACCGUCUCGUACAUCUAAGGAUAUGCACAUGUGAGACUGAGUGGAUUAAUCUACUUAUGCGUAUGCUAAGAAAUUCCACUAGUUUACGAGUUCUUGAGAUUGAACAGGCCCAUUUCCUUCGAUCUUACCAACCACGACCGUGCUGGAGUGAACCAAGCUCGAUACCUGAAUGUCUUAUAUGCAAUCUUGAAACCUUCAAAUGGGAACAUUAUUAUGGAGCAGAAGAAGAGAAAGAAGUGACGGCAUUCAUCUUAAGAAGUUCAAUCUGUUUAAAGAAGGCAACUAUCAUCCCUCAUAAGUCUAUUUUCCACGAGAAGAAACUUGAGAUGCACAAGGAAUUGUCAUUAUUGCCAAUAUGUUCACCAGUUUGUCAGCUUGCAUUCAGCUGAGGUGAUGGUCAGUUUUAGAUCAGCUAUGUUACAACAACUUAUUUGUUUUUUUCAUAAUUAUCUCUUUG